GACGAGAAUCUGACAGAUGGACGGACGGGAGUCAGAGGGAAGCCUGAUGCUCGCCUUCACAUUAUGUUGCCCUUGUCUCUGGUCGUGGCCGUCGUACUGAUUCUGCCCCGGGAGGGGUACUGGGCUUCCCCAACACCCGCAUCCUCCACCCUGUCCAUUGUGCCCCAGGUCUGGACUGUUCAGGAUGAUGAGCGUCGACAGGCCAAACUCCUUUGUCUGCUCCAGGGCAUGUCAGGGGCAGAUGUGUCCAUCUGGUUUUCAAAUGGAAAUGGGACAAACGUGGGCACUUUCCAAGUAUCCAACCAGAAGAUCUCCCAGAUGUCUACCGGAUCCAGAGACCAACAACACCUUCUUUCCUCUCCAUCACACAGCAAGGGUCUGACUGAUCUUCUCUCCACCUCAUCCAGUCACCCCCGCAAGGCUUUCAGCAACCGAGUUUCCUUCCCUCCAACUGGAGAGGGUCUCAGUGUCUUCUCCACGCUCACCCUUCCCAGCGACGAGCUCAGCACGUGGGGGUCUGUGACUUGCUUCGUAGCUGAAUUGGGGAGCUCCAGACUCUGGAGGAGUCCAAAGCUCUCCCUGCCAGGCGACGCUGAAGAUGAUGCGUGUCCCGAGGAGGAGGCGACCCAGGACUCAGCCCUUCAUGUGAGAACGGGAUUUCUGCAGCUUCUGUCCCUCAGGAUUAUGACCCUGAAAGUGCUGACCUUUGACCUGCUGGUGACCUGCGCUCUGAUCCUGCAGACAAGGAGGGAAGUCUCGCACCAAGCUGGAGACGCAUCUUAAUCCCCCCCCCCACCCAGAGCAGUCAGGAGAUGGUUAAUCGCAUAAACUUUCCUAUGGGGGGUCGGAGGUCAUCGUGGACGUAAGAAAUAAUAAUAAAGAGUGGAUAAAAGUUA